CAUAUUCUUCCUGCGAUGUGCUAGCUUGACUCAACUUGUCAAAAAUGGAGUUGUUCGUAGUGUGCGAUUGGAGUUAGUUCAUGUAAUUCAGUGGUAUUCAGGCAUUUAUUUGGGCAACACAUGAAACAUCAGCUACAGGCAGUAUGGCGACUUUGGAUCAGAAAUCUCCCAAUGUGCUUCUCCAGAGCCUCUGCUGCAGAAUCACGGGGAAAAGCGAAGCUGAAGUUGCCCACCAGUUCCAGUAUGCGGUACGAGUCAUCGGCAGUAACUAUGCCCCCACUAUUGAACGGGAUGAGUUCCUGGUGUCAGAGAAGAUCAAGAAAGAAUUGCUGAAGCAGAGGAGAGAGGCAGAUGCUGCUCUGUUCUCAGAGCUGCACAGAAAACUUCAGACGCAGGGUGUUCUGAAGCAUCGCUGGUCUGUUCUCUACCUGCUGCUCAGCCUCUCUGAAGACCCUCGGAAACCGUCCAGCAGGGUUGGGAACUAUGGGGCACUGUUUGCCCAGGCUCUCCCCAGGGACGCCCACUCCACCCCAUUCUACUGCACCCGACCGCAGAGUCUGGCCCUGAGCUAUGGGGAGAGGCCUGUGGGUCUGUCAGCCAGCAUGGGGACCAGUGGCAUCUCCAGUCUGGGAGUGUAUACACUCAAUGGACCUACACCAACGCCACAGUCACUGCUGACUGGUCUGCAGCAGCAGCCAGUCAGCCCCUGGGCUCCCGUGCUCGGACCUCCAGCUCCCUCCACCAGAGUGGUCCGUCCUCGCCGAGACGGUGACACAGCUGGGGAGGUGAACGAGGCGGCGCUGGUGCGGGACAUCCUCUACGUCUUCCAGGGAAUUGAUGGCAAGUUCAUCAAGAUGAGUGCCCAGGACAGCUCCUACAAAAUAGAUAGCAAGGUGGUGCUGUGCAAGUCCUUGAGGGACACCAGCAGCAGACUGGCUGAGCUUGGCUGGCUCCACAACAAAGUCAGGAAAUACACAGACGCCAGAAGCCUUGACCGUGCAUUUGGUCUGGUCGGACAGAGCUUCUGUGCCUCACUCCACCAGGAGUUGAAGGAGUACUACAGGCUGUUGUCCGUUCUCCACUCACAGUUGCAGGUGGAGGACGAGCAAGGUGUGACCGUGUGCACUGACAGCAGUUUGACUCUCAGGAGGCUGUUGGUCUGGAUGUACGACCCCAAAGUCCGGCUCAAGACGCUGGCUGCCCUCGUCGAUUUCUGCCAAGGUCGGAAGGGAGGUGAGCUGGCCUCAGCUGUCCAUGCCUACGGGAAAACAGGGGACCCACAGAUGAGAGCGUUGGUUCAACACAUCCUCAGCCUGGUGUCACACCCUAUCCUCAACUUCCUCUACAGGUGGAUCUACGAUGGAGAGCUUGAGGACACCUACCACGAGUUCUUUGUUGCAUCAGAUCCCAAUGUGAAGACUGAUCGUCUGUGGCAUGACAAGUACUCCCUCAGGAAGUCAAUGAUCCCCUCAUUCAUCACCAUGGACCAGGCCCGCAAGGUUCUGCUGAUUGGUAAAUCCAUUAACUUCCUGCAUCAAGUUUGUCAUGACCGAACGCCACCAGGCAAAAUCACACCAGCAUCCAAGUCUGCAGACACACCUAAAGAUGCUGCUGAGCUGCUGUCUGACCUGGAGGGGGCGUUUCAGGAGAAGAUUGACGCUGCCUACUUUGACACCAGUAAAUAUCUACUGGAUGUUCUCAACUGCAACUACCUGCUGCUAGAGCAUCUGCAGGCCAUGAGGAGAUACGUACUGCUGGGCCAAGGAGACUUCAUCAGACAUCUCAUGGACCUGCUCAAACCAGAGUUAGCACGUCCUGCAACCACUUUGUACCAGCACAACCUGACUGGUAUCUUGGAGACAGCAGUCAGAGCCACCAACGCCCAGUUUGACAAUGCAGAGAUUCUCAAGAGGCUGGAUGUGCGUCUGCUAGAGGUGUCUCCUGGCGAUACAGGCUGGGAUGUUUUCAGCCUGGACUACCAUGUGGAUGGACCCAUCGCUACGGUGUUCACAAGAGAAUGUAUGGGCCACUAUCUGCGUGUGUUCAACUUCCUGUGGAGGGCCAAGAGGAUGGAGUACACACUAACUGACAUCUGGAAGGGACAGAUGUGUAAUGCCAAGCUGCUCAAAAAUAUGCCUGAGUUGUCUGGUGUGUUGCAUCAGUGUCACAUCCUGGCCUCCGAGAUGGUCCACUUCAUCCACCAAAUGCAGUACUACAUCACCUUCGAGGUGCUAGAGUGCUCCUGGGACGAGUUGUGGAACAAAGUGCAGCAGGCUCAAGACCUCGACCACAUCAUCGCCGCCCAUGAAGUCUUCCAGGACACAAUCAUCUCCAGAUGCCUGUUGGACAAUAACAGCAGGUCUCUUUUGAACCAGCUGAGGGCCAUAUUUGACCAGAUCAUCGAGUUUCAGAGCGCUCAGGACUCCCUGUACCGCUUGGCACUGGAGGAACUCAGCCUGAGACUGCAGUAUGAAGAGAAGAAACAGCAGAGAGAGGAGGAGGGUCAGUGGGGAGUGACGGCGGAACAGGAGGCAGAGGAAAAGAAAAGGGUCCAGGAGUUCCAGGAGACCAUACCAAAGAUGCGCUCCCAGCUCCGCAUCCUCACCCACUUCUACCAGAGCAUAGUCCAGCAGUUCCUGGUGUUGCUGAUGACCAGCUCAGAUGAGAGUCUGCGUUUCCUCAGCUUCAGACUGGAUUUCAACGAACACUACAGGGCCAGAGAGCCGAGGCUGAGAGCCUCACUAGGUGCCACGCGAGGGCGACGGCUGUCAAACAUCUUGUGACGAUGAUGGCACAGAUGUUUCUAGUCACCGGCACACGGGGGAUGACAUCACAGCGACGGGCUGACCAGCAGACUCUCAGCGCUUCAUGUCCAGAUGAUGUCAUGCCUUGGAGGAGCGAUCCCACGCUGUUCUGAACAUUAGGGCUUUGCAGCUGUCACCAAGUGAUGACAUCACAGUGAAGUCAGCUGAGCUGCAUCACUAAAGAAUAAAGUCCAGUAAAUCAGAGUGAGAGCUUGUUGUUAGUCAACAAACCCUAAACAGAAUUCUGCAAAAGGAAAGGAAAACCGUGUGUGUGUGGAGGUAACACACAGCUGCUGUCAGACUGAGCUCCAGAAUCACACAGGGCCACCUUACAUGGCAUGCCUUAUCAGCGCGGUUGCCAAAUCUAGUCCCAACACACACAAUGUAUGUACAUAGAGGUAAUGCUAACAUGUAUAUAUGCUGUACACCUUAACUGAUACCUGUGGCUUUCAUUUUUCACUAGGGUUCGACUGAUAUGGAUUUUAUUUUUUCAAUUUUGUGUUUGUAGGAGUUACUAAAAUAAUUAAUUUUUGUUCAUUUUUAUUAUAAGUACUCCAAAGCAGAUAGUAUUUCUGCUGCAGUUUUGUUCUGAAUUACAGUAUGAGCCACUGAAAGUGUGCGAUCAGGCAGGAGUCUUCACACCAGUGUAUCGGCUUAACCCUAGCUCUCAGAUCUCCUCCUUAAUAUCCAGGGUUUUUCAGUAUGUCAGGUCAGCCGUCCAGUCACAAUCAUACAGAGGAUUUGGAAGCAUGUACACACCUGCAGGUAAUCCUGCUUUGACUGACAUGAAGACAACUCUAACUCAUACAGACAUACAACCCCCCUUUUUGUGUACUUUGUUAGUUACUACUUUGUUUAUUUUGCCAGAUAGUUUUCUGUUUGGAAACACUUACAUGGCUUCAGACCAGUAAGAUUCAGAGCUUGACUGAUGACUGACAAAUGUUAUGAAGAAUUUGUUUUUUAAAUGUGGUUUCCUUCUGAUUCCCUGCUUAUUUUACAGUAUGUGCUUUUAAGUCUGUAUGAGAGCUGGGUCAUGUUGAAGAAAACGAUCCUCAGCAACCACAGCAACCUCACUUCUGGUUACUGUGUAAACCACGGGAACUCUUAACUGUUCAUAUAUCUGUUUCUUUAAAAAGAAAUGUAAAUAUCUCUAAAUGAAAUUCCAGGUUAAAAGAAUGUAUUAUUAUAGCUGUUCAUAUUAUAAAGAAGAGAGUGUUAUUAAGUGAGGUUUGCUCCAUAAGAGAUGAAGACAAUGACAUGAUUCACAGAGAAUUGAUUCAGUAAAGUCACAGCGUUGCUGUUGUUCAGCCCGAGUUGCAGUUAACGUUUCAUUUAUUGGAUUAACUCAGACUG